GGGCGCUGCAGGUUCAGGUGGCUUUGCCGAAAUGGCCGCUAAGAAGUUGGGCACUCGGUUGGAGAUUGAGAUUGAGCGCUGUCGGAAUGAAUGUCUGUGGGAAAAGAUCCCGGAGCUCGUUAAACAACUGUCGGCCAAGCUCAUCGGGAACGAUGACCUGGCAGAGCUACUACUUGGAGAGUCAAAGUUGGAGCUGUACCUGAAAGACAAUCCAAUCAAACAAGGAGUCACUCCUUCAGAUGCCAAGCCAAAGCUAAGCGAGGUGAAGAAGCACUUGCUAGGUGCACUCGAUAGAGGCAAUUUAAAGCAAGACUUUGCUCAGGAAGCCAAUUUGAUAUUGGCCAAGUGUUACUAUGUGGAGGGUGACCACACCCGGGCUCUCAACCUGUAUUCCAAGGUUGAUCUGGAAAAGUUGCAGUUGGUGGGAGUGCCUGUCUACAGACUGAGGAUCAUUGCAGAAUCCUUUGCUACAAAAGGUUUGUGUCUGGAGAAACUAGUAAUGGCAGCAUCGCCAAGAAAUGAUCUGCAGCCUGAUACCGAGCAAGAAAUAAUUACAUGUUAUGAAAAAGCUGGUGACAUAGCUCUGCUUUACUUACAAGAAACUGAAAAGGUAUUGAACACAAAUAUCCAGAACAGGAGUCCAAAACCCGGUUCAGCAUUCCAAGAACAGGAAUUGGGGUUCUUCCUUGAAACAGGACUUCAAAGAGCUCACGUCAUUUAUUUCAAAAAUGGAAAUUUAACAAGAGGAGUUACUCGCUUUCGAGAAAUUUUGAGGGCCGUGGAAACGAGGACCACACAGAAUUUGCGGAUGACAAUUGCCAGACAACUUGCCGAAAUACUACUACGAGGAAUGUGUGAGCAGAGCUACUGGAAUCCACUGGAAGACCCUCCACAGCAUUCCCUACUGGAUGACCCGCUACAUGUGAGCUCUAACACAAAGAAUUAUGCACUAAGCAGGAGGCCCAAAGUGUAUACUGGAGAUAGCAUUUUCUGCCCUCAAGAAAACACAGAAGAGGCUCUUCUGUUGCUGCUCAUUAGUGAAUCUAUGGCUAACAGGGAUGCAGUGCUUAGCCGGAUCCCAGAACACAACAACGAUCGCAUUAUCAGUUUACAGAGUGCCUCCAUUGUCUACGAUCUUCUAACAAUCGCACUAGGAAGGCGUGGUCAAUAUGAAAUGCUGUCUGAGUGCUUGGAGCGAGCCAUGAAGUUUACAUUUGAAGAAUUUCACCUUUGGUACCAGUUUGCAUUGUCCCUGAUGGCUGCUGGUAAGUCUGCCCGGGCAGUGAGGGUGCUGAGAGAAUGUAUAAGGUUGAAACCGGAUGAUCCCACAAUACCACUCCUUGCCACCAAGUUGUGCAUUGGAUCUCUUCACUGGUUAGAAGAGGGUGAGCAGUUUGCUAAGAUGGUAACAGAGAUGAAUGAAAAAGAACCUGAGUUUCGGGCCAAAGGUUUCUUAGCACUUGGCUUAACCUACAGUCUCCAGGCCACAGAUGCUACAUUGAGAGGAAUGCAAGAGGACCUCCAGAAAAAAGCACUUCGAGCAUUUCAGAGAGCUCAUGGGUUAUGUCCAACUGAUCACCAGGCUGCUUUCUACCUGGCUCUUCAGCUUGCCAUAUCAAGGCAGAUCCCAGAAGCACUGGGUUAUGUUCGACAAGCUUUGCAACUGCAGGGAGAUGAUGUGAACUCCUUGCACCUACUGGCAUUGCUUCUUUCAGCGCAGAAGCACUAUCAUGAUGCUGUAAACAUUAUCGACAUGGCACUGAGUGAAUAUCCUGAACACUUUGUAUUGCUGUUCACCAAAGUAAAACUGGAAUCAGUAUGCAGGGGUCCUGAUGAAGCUUUGCUCACCUGCAAGCACAUGCUUCAGAUCUGGAAGUCAUGCUACAAACUCACAAACCCCAGUGAUUCAGGGAGAGGGAGCAGCCUGCUGGACAGAGUCAUAGCUGACAGGCGGAAUCUGAACACCAUCUCUCUACCUGACUUCAGUGAUCCUGAGACAGGCAAUCCUCCAGAUGCUUACUUUCAUGGUUUUUUCUCCCUUUUUUCAGUUAGUUCAGUGCAUGCCACGUCGAUCGCAGCCUCAAGAGUGGAGCAAGCACUGUCUGAGGUGGCUUCAUCCUUGCAGAGCAGUAUGCCAAGGCAGGGACCAAUGCACCCUUGGAUGACUCUGGCCCAGAUUUGGUUGCAUGCAGCUGAAGUAUACAUUGGAAUGGGAAAGCCUACAGAGGCCACAGCAUGCAUCCAGGAGGCAGCUAACCUUUUCCCCACAUCUCACAACGUAUUGUUCAUGCGUGGUCAAGUUGCAGAACUCCGAGGGAAUAUUGAUGAAGCUAAGCGCUGGUAUGAAGAGGCUUUGUCGAUCAGUCCCACUCAUGUCAAGACAAUGCAAAGACUGGGGCUGGUCUUACAGCAGCUAGGCCGCUGCAGCCUGGCCGAGAAGAUCCUCCGCGAUGCUGUGCAGGUCAACUCCACCGCCCACGAAGUAUGGAACAAUCUGGGGGACGUACUGCAGGCCCAAGGUGAUGACGAUGCUGCAACUGAAUGUUUCCUCACUGCGCUGGAACUGGAAGCCAGCAGCCCUAUUGUCCCCUUCACCAUCAUCCCCAGGAUACUCUGAGCCAAGUGUCUGCUUCCAGUGGGGUAGUGGUCUCAAGGAGGCGUGCACGUUUCCAGCUGCAAGAGGGAAGCUCUAUACAAUUCCUUCCCAGUCCUUUCAGCUCUCUGCUGUGAUUUUACAAGCUUGUUUUACUAUGGACCAAAGCAUUCCAGGGGCAAAUUUAUUUGAUCUAUAACCCACCCCCACCUCAAGCAAUCCUUGUCUUUUUAUUUAGUUCCAGAUUUCAGCCACUGUACUCCGGCACAAGUUAUAGGUUCAGCUGAUGCCCUUUGGUACCCCAGCUGUAGUUCCCAUGUCAGGUUGCUGGAACAACGUUUGACCAGCCCAUGGUCCAGGGGAUGACAGCAACUGAGUAUAUGGCCUUGUCUUCGCUAGAUCGUUCUCUCUCUGUGCAAUUUCCAGCAUUGAGUCACUGGCUUAUUUUUGAUCUCUUUCUCCCACCUGCCCCAAACCCCUGGGGAGAUCAGGGCCUUCUCCUGCUUGUGCGCCUCAGCACCUCCUUCCCUGUAUUCUGUUGGAAUGUUACUUUAUCAUCUACCUCUUCCUUUUCUCAGUCUCCCAACCAACUCUGUCUCUUUCUCUCCUGGAAUUAUAGGCCUGUCAUCGUGUAGGUUUUCAAUAUCAUCUCAAAGUUGCCCUCUAACUUUGGCACUGAAUCUCAGCCAGGGCCUGGUUAGGGUAACAAAGCACAGUGGUGCAGUAGAGAUCCUGUGCAGGGAGUAGGCUAUUGAAUCGGGUGAGGGGUACUUGCACACUGAGCAUAACUGGAGAACAUUUGCUGUCCACACCCCCUGCAUAGCUGAGAAACUUGGGCCCUGAAACAGCCUCAUCUCAAGAAUCAGUCCCUGACCCUGUUCAUUGCUGUAUAUAUCUCAAUUCUUACAGAUCUUGGCAUUCGUAUUUAAGAUAAGUCCAAAAGUAAGGUAUCAGGGCCAUUAACAACCCUUCCAACCUCCAACAUGACAAAAUUCAACUGGGGCAAAUGAAUGAGUGACAACUAUCAGGACAAAUAGCCUGUAGCUGAAACCUCUGCUGUGCCCGAGCUGGUGGUGGAGUAUGUUUUAACUUGAGAUCAGAGUGAAGAAAAUGUCCGUUUCCCAGCAGCUACCUUCCAUAAGAAAUUUCUGAGAUGAUGCUGUCUUUAAAAUAACAGCUGCUCCACUGAAAUAACCUGCAGUCCUCUCCCUUCUGAUGCGUUCGUAUUGAGAUUCCCUCUUUGCUGGAAGAUUCACCCUACUUCAUUAGCUUUCAUCCAAUUGUUACAGAUAUAUUGUCUCUUUCAAGAUUUGCACGGCAAAAUGCAAUUAAGAAUGUUGUCAAUCUCUAUAUCUGAAUCAUAUAUAUUUAUGUAAGGCAAUGUUAUAUUUAUAUAUUUGGACUUUAUUCAGUAAGAGGUGACUAGUAACUGGUGUAACUCUAAAUUGCUGAGCUUUAAACAUAGAAUGCUUCCUACGUUGGACUUAAUUUUCAGUGUUGGAAUACUGUUGUUUCACCUUUGAACUCUACAUUGCAUUCAAACUGUGGGACCAUGUAGUGAAAAGGAUCAACCAGUGAUAGAUGAAUCACUAGAUUAGAGUCCUUUAAAGGAACAAAAUCCUACACAGAUUAAUUGUCUCAGAGUUAUUCCAGUACAUAGUAACUGCCCUGUUAAGUGGAUAAAUCCUUAUUUAUAUUAGACUGGAGAAGUUGAAUGCUCUUCAACAAAAGAAAUACCCGACAGUUGUCAGCAUGUGGAGUGUGCGAUAAUCACUGGUCCGAUGUGUGUUGUCAGUCAUUGCCUGUAAUCACACUGAAGGCUUUUCCUGGGUGUUUUCUGGUGAGUAGUGCUACGCUGUCAAAGGAUGCCUCUUCCAUUUGAAAUUAGAAUCGCUCGUUCUAACCCAAUUUCUUUUCACCUCUGAGCAGAAUUGCUGGAUGUUGUCUCUUAAGCCAAAGGGCCUGCCCCGAGACCACCUUUGGUGAUGCCAUUAGUCACUGAAGCUGCCAGAACAUUGUAUAUGUCAAGUGGUUUUCAAACUUUUCUGAGUGGAUCUUCCCCUUCUGCAGCCACACACUGGGGGAGCCUCCUAAAAUAUUGACAUUCCUGUAAAUACAAAUCCACAUUUUGGGGGGAUACCCAGUUGUUACAGCCACACUCACAGUGAUCCCCAGCAAACACCUUGAUCCACUCCCAAUGACACCCACACACACCAAAUUCUGUGAUCUGCUCCCAGUGAUAAAUGUGGAGUCCCAACCCUGGAGUUCACCAACAAAUAUAGACACACUCCUGAGGUACCCCACAACCUCAACCCAGUAUCGACAUAUGCCCAAGAAUGAACAUUAACUGUGGAGCUAUUCCCAGGAAUCGCUGGUGGAUGCUAAGUAUUACAACAAGUUAUCUUUAACCUUCCUGUACGGGUAAAGAGAAUGAUUACUGAAUGGACGAAAUAAAACCAAUAAUAAUUCUGUAAACAGACAUAAAAGUGAAUUUUCUUUUAUGUCCCCUUCAUCUGAGUGCAUGGACUCCUCGCCUGUACAUCAUCAUCCCACUGACAUAUCCACUACCCCUUACACAUGUACCAAUUUUCACCUCCCCUGUAUCCGCUACCCCUUCCCCUGUAUCCGCCACCCUUUUUCCUGUAUCUACCACCCUUUUCUCUGUAUCUACCACCCCUUUCCCCUGUAUCUGCGCUACUUCUUUCCCCUGUAUCUGCCACCCCCAUACCCUGUAUCUGCCACCCCAUUUGCCUGUAUCCACCA